CGGCCCCGCCCGGCUGCGGCCCCCGCUCCGCCCGCCCGGCCCCGGCCCCCAGGAGGAGGCGCUGACGCAGCAGCGUGGAGCCCGGGAAUUGAGCGCCCCCGGGGGGUUCCAGCCGCCGGAUUCCAGCCCGGCCGGGGCCUGCGGGCGCCCAGAGCCGCGCCGUCCGCGCCGCUGUCCCGGGGCCCCACUCUCCUAGGCUGCAACGAGAAUGGGGCAGCCAGUCCUUGCACAGCAGCUGGUAGUCUGACCCCACUGGAACUUUGCAUCCUGGAAAAGCGGUCCUGGGAAAAUCCAGACUGGAGAUAGGAUUGGACAUACUCCAUGACACACACUCGGAGGAAGUCCCUUCCCAUGCUGAGUUCGGGCCCCAGUGGCCACCGGGAGCCCCUGCAGAUGGAAGGCAGCAGUGUGGAGCAGGGGACGGAGAGCGUAGAGCCAGGCAUGCCUGAGAGCCCAGGGCACCUCACCGGGCGCCGCAAGAACUACCCACUGCGGAAGCGUCCAUUAGUUCCUGAGAAGCCCAAGGCCUGCAAAGUGCUGCUAACCCGCCUGGAGAAUGUGGCUGGUCCACGGAGUGCAGAUGAGGCUGAUGAGCUGCCCCCUGACCUGCCCAAGCCGCCCAGCCCAGCUCCAGCCAGUGAAGACACGGGCCUCACACAACCCCGUAAGAGGCGCUUGGCUUCCCUCAAUGCCGAGGCCCUCAAUAACCUGCUGCUGGAGCGAGAAGAAGCCAGCAGCCUGGCAGGCACCCGGCGCAGUCGAGGGGGAGACCCCCACCGCAGCCGGGACCGUGACCGGGCCUCGGGGGCCUGGUCCUCCUCCAAGAAACGGCCCCGGCUGGGGGUACUUGGCGGAGGAAGUCGGGACUUGUCCCCAGAGUUAGCACCAGAUGAAGGUGCCCGCCAAGAUGGUGACCCAGCUCCCAAGAGGCUGGCUAGCCUGAAUGCAGCCGCCUUCCUAAAGCUGAGCCAGGAGCGUGAGCUACCCCUGCGGCCACCUCGUGGCCACCCAGAAGCAGAUGGGCGCUCCACUGAGCCACCAGCACCAAAGGCCCUGAGGCCAAAGUGGGCCAAGGUCAACAGCAAGAACUAUCCCAAGGCCCGGCAGGGGGCCGGCUCUGGAGAGGCAGCAGGCCCACCUGCCUGGCAAAGGUGCCCUGAGGAGCCAUGGCCACCUGCUACCCCUCGUGGGCCAUCCAGCCAGCCAUCUUACCAGCCCCUGAGCAAAGCUGUAGAGAGCCCCUUGGGGCUGCGCCCCCACCUUCCCCUGCUGAUGGGUGGGCAGGCAGCCCUGAAGCCGGAGCCUGGACGCCCAGGCGAGGAGUCACCUGCCCCCAAGCAGGAACUGCACCAGCCCUCUUUCCCUGCCCCCCAGCUCUCCCCCCUGCCAAUGCCUGGCAACCCUGCCCACUACAGUGGCCUGUGUGGUCAGCCUGAGCUCACUGCACUAGGCAGCUUCUACCUGUACUGCAGCCAAGAUGGGCUGCAAUGUGGGGGCUACUCUUCCUGCCCCAUGCUUCCUGAGGGCAAGCUGUCCCCAGUGGCUGCACCUAAUGAGGGGCUCCUCUUGGCCCCAAGCUCAGUGCCUGCAGGCACCCCUUUCCAGCACCCUCCCUGGGGCUCUCGCUACUGCUCUAGUGAGGACACUGAAGUGAAUGGCUACAGCAUCUGUGAAAUGUUGUCCCCGUCUCUUACCCACAUUAGCACUACUUGUGGUGGCUGCCCCUGUAAAAUGCCUUUUGCAGCAGAAGGCUGCAGGUCCCUUGGUCAGCUGGAAUUUCCUCUCCCAGAAGCUGGCCAUCCAGCCUCACCUGCCCACCCAUUCCUGGGAUGCCCUGUGCCCAGCGUGCCACCUGCAGCAGAGCCUGUCCCCCAUCUUCAGACACCCACGUCAGAGCCCCAGACAGUAGCCCGCGCAUGCCCUCAGAGUGCCAAGCCUCCUAGUGGUUCCAAGUCAGGUCUGCGCACGGGCUCCAGCUGUAGGCACACAGCCCGAAGCAAGGCUGCCUGCAGGCCCAGCCAUCCCAAGCAGCCUCGUGUCCAGCGUCCACGCCCCCGCCGCCGCCGCCGCCGCCGCACUAAUGGCUGGGUGCCUGUUGGGGCUGCCUGUGAGAAGGCCGUCUAUGUCUUGGAUGAACCGGAACCAGCCAUCCGAAAGAGCUACCAGGCGGUGGAGCGGCAUGGAGAGACGAUCCGAGUCCGGGACACUGUCCUUCUCAAGUCAGGUCCCCGAAAGACAUCCACACCUUAUGUGGCCAAGAUCUCUGCCCUCUGGGAGAACCCUGAAUCAGGUGAGCUGAUGAUGAGCCUGUUGUGGUAUUACAGACCAGAGCACUUACAGGGAGGCCGCAGUCCCAGCAUGCAUGAGCCUUUGCAGAAUGAAGUGUUUGCAUCCAGACAUCAGGACCAGAACAGUGUGGCCUGCAUUGAGGAGAAGUGCUACGUGCUGACCUUUGCUGAGUACUGCAGAUUCUGUGCCAUGGCCAAGCGCCGAGGCGAGGGCCUCCCCAGCCGAAAGACAGCACUGGUGCCCCCGUCAGCAGACUACUCCACUCCACCACACCGCACAGUGCCCGAGGACACGGACCCUGAGCUGGUGUUUCUUUGCCGUCAUGUCUAUGACUUCCGCCAUGGCCGCAUCCUCAAGAACCCCCAGUAGCCGCCACCUGCCCACAUGGGCAAGUGGGGCUUGGGGCAGGGGCCACACUUGAAGCACAGCACUUGGUUAAGGGGCCACAGGGGCCUUAGGUUGCUGGCCUGUGGUUCUCUUUUGGGGGGAGGGCAGGGAUUCCUUUGGGUUCUGGGCCCCAUGGGAGGGUCAGGGAGGCCAGGGUGUAAGGAAAACAUCAAAGCCCUCAGCUGGGCCCAAGGGAUGUCUUGGUUUUUCCCUGGGUGGGGACUCCUGAAGAAGUAGUCUUUCCAGGGGCUGGGCCAAGACUGAGGGGCAUGGGGCUCGGGUGGGAGGGGGCCCUGCAGGCACCAGGCCCAACAGGCCCUUCUUUAGCUUCCCCUGGGCCCUUCAAGGGGGAGUGGGAGCCAGCUUUACCUCACCCAGUGUGACCCACUGCUUCCCCAUUGGCCUGGGACCAGGCUCUCCCAGAUUCUAGCACAGCUCUGAGCUCGUUCCUUUGAGGCAUAGAGAGCCAGAGGCUGGCUUCCAGAGCAUUGACUUACUCUUCCUCGACUCGGGGCCUUUCCCUGGCUUUCCUCCUUUGCCCCUGCGGUAGCCCUUGGUGCCGGGACAAGUUACCCAGCCCUCACAGUCAUGGGUGUGACCCACUGUGGGAGUCAGCUUCCUGUCCACCUCCUGGUGAGGGCCACCUAGCAGGUCUGGCUCUUCAGAAGUUACGGGGUUUGUCAUCUCUGGGAAGGCAGAAGGGAGCUGGGAGUGGGUGGAGGGCAGGGGGCAAGGAAAAUUGCUACCUGAUUUAUUGAAGACUUUUCCUCUUGCCUUAUAUUUGGAGGUUCUAGGAAACCUCUUGCAGAACUUCACACGUGACUCUUCUAGCCACACCCACCUGAAAUCAAACCAAAGGAGUGCUGUGGCUCCCCUGGCCCUGCCACCUCUUACCCUAGUCUUUUGUAGAUUGCACUAAUUUACAUCCCAGCGAGAAUCAACACUGUAUCAGUCCACAGACCUGCUGAGCUGCAGCUGCUCUCUCUCUCUCUCUUGGAGCUAAGGACUUGCAUUUUCAGUUUGUUCCUGUUGCCCAGGGGCUCUGUCUCACCUCAUGCUGCUCCCCAGAGUAGAUGAGGAGACUCGGUCCCCUGUAGCCCUUACUUGGCCUAGGCCCUGGCCCUGAGGCUCUCUGUCAGGGGCUGGAGCAGCCUGGCUCUUUCCUAUUUGUACCAAAGAGGAGCAUGGUGAGGAGAGGAGGAGCGGCACAGUGUGGCGUGGGCCUGGCAGUCUGGGAACCUGCUCAAGAGCAUUUCCACAGGACAUACCCCAGGGAGCAGGACCCAAGAGGGCAGCACUGGGUCGUCCUCCCCUAGGGAAGGGCAGAAGUACCCAGCAGGUUGAGGAGGUGGCACUAGGUGGGGACAGUUGGGCAGAAGUUGGAGAGGGAAGUGGAAGCAAAUCCUGAGGGCUCUCCCAGCAACCCCGGUUCUGUGCUGACCCUGAGAAAACAGGCUGCUCCUGAUGGGUCACUGGGCUUGGGGGAGGCCUAGAGCUGCAGAGGUGAAUUUACACAUGGCAAGCCCAAUCCCAAACCCAAAGGAAGGGACUCAGGUGCCCUUGUACUGAAUAAGCUGUUUGGAGGAGGGCAUGGGUCUGGGGGGGCAGGCAGGAAGAGGUUGGCAGAGUGGUCGUGAUGCCCAGCCUCACCCAGCAGGAGAGGAGAUCAAGGCUCCUCCUCCCAGGAGGCAGGAUCUGCUGCCCAGAAUUUAAAUGCUUUUGAAAUCUCUUAGAUGUGGAAAUAUUUUUUCGAACCUGAAAAUGCAGCUGGUAGAAUUUCAAUGGAAGCAUAAUUCAUGUAAAAUAUAUUUUAGUUGAUAUUUUGUAAAAUGCACUUUUUGUGUGUGUCGACCCUGGUUUCUCAGAUCUGUAUUUCAGUGUUUACAAGGGAGGGGAGGACCUUUCCUCGCUUCUCUUUUGACAGAGAUUAGAAGUACUUCUUUAAGAAAAAUAAAUAAAUUUGAGAAAUUGUAUUGAUUUAGAAAAGGAUCAUU